CAUCGUGGAAGUGUUUGGGCGUCGUUUAUUUGCUGUGCAGCGGGGACGUUUCUGGAAGGGUGUGGUAGUUUUUGUUUUAAUAAGUGAUUUUAAGGCCCGCCGUCAUGUGGGCCGGCCAGGAGGGCUCCGACUGGGAGCUGAGUAAGGAGAACGUGCAGCCGCUGCGCCAGGGCCGCCGCGUGGCCGCGCUCAACUCGUCGCUGCAGACCGCCGGCGACGAGCAGACGGCGCAGAAGGUGGCCGAGCAGCGCAGGGCGUUCGAGCUGGAGAUCCGCACGUACAGCGGGGACGACCCGCUGGCGCCCUGGUACCAGUACGUGCUCUGGAUGGAGCAGCACUGUCCGCGCGGCGGCCACGAGGGCAACCUGGACGGCCUGCUGGAGCAGUGCAUCACCAAGUUCCACGAGGAGCGCCGCUACCACCAGGACCCGCGCUACGUCUCGCUCUGGAUACGGCUGGCGUGCAGCUCGCAGAAGACGCAGGAGAUCUUCCAGUGCAUGUUCCAGCGCAGCAUCGGCACCUCGCUGACGGCCUUCUACACGGCCUGGGCGGCGCAGUACGAGCUCGGCGGCAACGUGCGCGCCGCGGACAAGGUGCUGGCCGAGGGUGAGCGAUGUGGCGCCCAGCCGGCCGACGCGCUGGCCGAGGCGCGCCGCAAGCUGCAGACGCGCGUGGCCAGCGCGCUGGCCUUGUACGUCAACACAGUGUACGAGGAGGCGGGCGCGGCGCGCGGCAGCCCGAUCACGGCCAACCCUGGCGCGCUGGCGGCGCGCGCCCCGCCGCCGCCGCGCGCCGAUGCCGACUGGAACCCGCGCGUCGCCGUCUUCGAGCCGCCCAACGACGCCGUCAAGGCCAUGUACUGCAAGGACGUGAUCUACGCUGGCGCAGGGGAGGUGUCAUUUGAAGAGCUCAGAGCCGCAAGAUGGAAGAAGGAGAACAAAUUGCUGCUGGAGCAGCGCCUGGUAGCCGAGGAGAUUCAGCGCAGCUUCCAGGAGAUGGCGCGCAGGAACGAGGAGGUGCUCAGAAGAAACGAAGAGGUGCUGCUCAAAAACGAGCAGCUGGAGCGGCAGCUGCUGGAGCUGAAGGCGCGCCUGCCGACGGCGCCGCAGCAGGGCUCGCUGAGCUCGUCCGCGCACCUCGGCUCGUCCAACGUCAGCGCCGGCUCGUCCAGCCUGCCCGGUCACAACAGUCACAGCCUCUCCAGCUCGGCGGUGGCCGCCUCGCCGACGGUCAACACGCGCGAGGCCAUCAACUGCGUGCGCGAGAUGCUCAACAGGACGGCGGAGGCGCCGGCCGCCCGCGCCCGCCUUCAGUUCGACGACGAGCUGACCGGCUUCGUGCCGCUCUCUGACGAGGUGUCCUUCGCGGUGGGCGACCUGGAGCAGUUCGCCACGGCUGCCGGCCGCGUGGCGUCCACGCCCAUGGAGCACUCGCGCGAGCGCUUCAAGUCGUCCAGCAGCAGCAGCGGCUCUGACAUGUCCCGCCAGUCGCGCUGCGACCUCUCGGCGCCGGCGGCUGCGCAGCCGUGGCAGCAGCGGCCGUCGGACGGCGCCCGGUCCUGCUCGCAGCGCUCUGUUGUGUCGCGCUGGUCGGCGCCCCACCUCACGCAGAACUCUGGCUACCUGGCCGAUGGGUCUGCUGAGAUCAGCGCCGAGCGGCCGGUGACCGGCGCGCGCGCGGCGCCACCGCCCGCUGACGUGGGCGAGCUGGAGCCGCCGGCGGAGGAGCCGGCGGCCGCGCUCUCGGCGCUGACGCUGGACGAGUCGCCCGCCCACCCGGACCCCUGGGACGAGCGGCUGAUCGCGGCCCUGCUGAGCCAGCUGGCGGUCCCCGUCCACCAGCGCCAGCGGUACGAACGGCUCCGCGGCAAGCUGCCCAACUGCGCGCUGAAGGAGAUCGAGUACGGCGGCCGCCGGCUGGCGCUGACUCUGAUCGGGGAGGGCGCGUACGCGCGUGUCUACCACGCGCUGGAGCGCGACACCGGCCGCGCCCUCUGCCUCAAGGUGCAGCCGGCCGGCGGCGAGUGGGAGUUCUACGUCGUGGACGAGGUGCACCGCCGGCUGGCGAGCCGCGCCGGCGCCGGCCAGCUUGAGUUCGUGAUGCCGGUGGAGCGGGUGAGCGUGUUCGACAACGGCAGCAUCCUCAGCACCGAGUACGAGCCGGCUGGGUCUCUUCUGGACGUGCUCAACAAGCUGCGGCACAACCCGGGCAAGUCGAUCGAGUCGCUGGUCAUGCUGCUGACGGCCGAGAUGCUGGGCGCGCUGGAGGCCGUCCACGCCGUCGGCGUCAUUCACGGUGACGUCAAGCCCGACAACUUCCUGCUGCGCGCCCGUGCGCUGGACCGGCGACAGGAGCUGCUGGCCGACCUGACGCGCGGCGGGCCGCCGCAGCUGCUGCAGCUCAUCGACUUCGGCCGCGCCAUCGACACCACCCUGCUGCCACCUGGCACGACCUUCACGCGCGUGGUGACGACGGACGGGUUCACGUGCCCGGAGAUGCUGGACGGCCGGCCGUGGACGUACCAGACGGACCUGUACGGUGCGGCCGCCUCCGCCUACGUGCUGCUGUUCGGCAGCUACCUGAAGCUGGUGCGCAGCGCGGCAGAGCCCGCGCGCUGGACCUUCACUGGCACCAUCAGACGGUACUGGUGCGGCAGCCUGUGGUCGGAGUUCUUCGACACGUUCCUGAACAUCCCGUCGUGCGCGACUCUGCCGGACCUGGCCGCCUGGCGGCGCCGCUUCCUGCAGCAGGCGCUCGCCAGCCGCGAACUUGGCGAGUGUCUGAGCACGCUCUCGCUGCGCCUCCGCGAGCGCUGAGCGGAACGCCUCGCUGCACCUCCGCGAGCGCCGAGCGGGGCGCCUCGCUUUGAAGGGACCGCCCGCCGCCGCGCGGGCGG